AUCUCGCGAGAGCGCGGGGGGCGGGGCCGGGCCGUGAGGGGAGGGCGCGGCCAUGGCGCAGCCCCGGGUGCUGCCCCAGAGCAAGGAGACCCUGCUGCAGUCCUACAACAAGCGCCUCAAGGACGAUGUCAAGUCCAUCAUGGACAACUUCACCGAGAUCAUCAAGACGGCCAAGAUCGAGGAUGAAACUCAAGUCUCUCGGGCAACCCAGGGUGAGCAAGAUAACUACGAGAUGCACGUCAGAGCUGCAAAUAUUGUCCGUGCUGGGGAGUCCCUGAUGAAACUUGUGUCUGACCUGAAGCAGUUCUUGAUCCUCAAUGAUUUCCCCUCUGUGAACGAGGCCAUCAACCAGCGCAACCAGCAACUGAGGAGCCUGCAGGAGGAGUGUGACAAGAAGCUGAUUGCACUGCGGGAUGAGAUCUCCAUUGACCUGUACGAGCUAGAAGAAGAAUAUUACUCUUCCAGCUACAGUCUGUGUGACAGCAAUGAUCUCCCACUGUGCGAAGCCUACUGGAGACAAGACUUUGCCACGCUGUCCCCCGAGAGCCUCUCGAUGCCUCUGGCAGCCGCCGCAGCCGAGCAGAGCGUUGUCACCUCGCAGAGUUCCACCCCGUCGCACCCCCACGUGAACGGGCACGGGGCGGGCCCCGCCGAGCAUUCCUGAGGAGGAUCCGGAUCUCUCGGUGCAGGGAUGGCCCUGCCGGGUCACCGCGCUGCUGGAAGUCUUCCUCCUGCUGUCGGGAGGAGGCACUGGAGCUGUGCUGGCAGGGUUCUGCUCCCUGCAUGGCUGCAGUGCUUCCUCCACGCCAGGACCUUGCCAGGAGUGUUCCUGUCCCUUAAGAGAUAGAGAUGUGUAGACACAAAGUGAAUCUCGUUAUAACAAAUUAGAGUCAGGUUUGCUUUAACGUGAUAGUUACUGUAGAGUUCAUUAGAAGUCCAGUUUGUUUCCAUGUGAGUGUUGGGAGUUGAAUUUCUUUGGGAUAAACUUGAGCCAAAUGUGGGGGCAGUGAGUGUGUUGGGGUUUUUACUCUGCUUCCCAAAGUCACUGACAUUCUGGCUGCUUUAAAGCUCUCUCAGGAUGGCAUCUGACAACUUCUGGUCUACUGUAAAGAGUCUUAUAUUAUUUUUCCACAACAGUCUUCACUGUCAAAAUGCUUUAGAAACUUGAACUCUUGAUUUGGAAGGAGGAUCCCAGGAGACCCUCAUGGAAGAGCAGGAAGAACAGGGAUCAAACUGAGGGGUCAAUGAUGCCACUUGCUCAAAGCCACAAAGAGAAGCAGUGUCAUGCUUUAGUCAGUUGAUUCCUUCCUCAGUGUUUACACAGAAAUUCCUGUUAAUAUAAUCUGAGCUAACAUGGAGCCACUGUUUAUGUUGGCUUUUAGUUUUGUCUAAUGAAAAAAUCUUGAGAGCAGUGGGGGAUACUCGGUUACUCUCAGUUUCCUUCCAAAGAAACACAUCUGGUGCUUGGUCUGCAGCUGUUCAGCAGCUCAGCACAUCUGUCCUUUCCUUUGGUGGUGGCUCGAGCUGUGCAGCUGAAAGGGAGAUGCCACUGAACUCAUCAGUGUCACCACAGCUCGGUGUCACGGGCACCACAGAGCCACCAGUGCAUUCCAACAACUGAGCUGAGCUUCCCCAGUUCCUGCUGUAAUGUCUCAUUUCUUAGGAUGUGAAUUUUGCUGUUAUUUUUUUUUUUGUUUCUUUUUUUCUUCCAUUCCAUUUAUUUUUGUAAUUAGGUGACUCAAUAAAACUGACUGUUUUGUAUAAUUUUUAA